AGGCCAUGAUGGAGCCGAGCUCGCCCGAUAUCCGGACCCUGCCCGAAACGUCUUUUAACGCCCCGUUCGUCCCGGCAAAUUACGCCCCCAAUGCGGUGUACGACGAGGCCCAGACGGCCUCAGCGCAUAUUGAAAACCAAGUUACGCGCUCUUAGGCGGCGAGCUCGUUGCUGCAAUAUGUGGCGAGCCCACCCCAGACUACUCAGGUGUUGCAGUACGGUUUCUCUAUGUGUGCUGGGCUGUCCGCUGGACAGAUGUCAGCCGAAACUGAACUUUGCUUUCCAUCGACCGAGACGAACUUUCCUUCAACAAUGCUUGCAGACCAAGCGUCAAGCCCGAGUCCUUCGCCGCCAUCUUCUCCUCCCCUGAGCCAUUAUACCGAACCGGACGGCGCAAUCGUUUGUACAGAAGGCAGGUGUGAGCAGAAUCCCAAGCGGUGCCCCAGACCCGGGGAUUAUCGGAUGCACACGAAAAGACACACGCUUCCGUACAAAUGUACUACUCCUGGCUGUCUCUGGGGCCAACCGAACAAAGGCUUCUCCCAACGCCGUGAGUUAGAGAGACACGAGAAGGCUCACCUGGCCGGUUCUUCACUCUGCUGCCCGGUUGAGGGUUGUAACAGUGGCGCCAACAGGGAUGACAACAUGGUCCGGCAUCUCAGAAAAGCACAUGGCAUGAAAGUCAAGAAGAGGGACAUUCCGGCACUCUGUAGAAGGCAGAGGCCUUGAUGCCAUGGCCGAUGGCGGAUCUAGGGGAGGAGAUCGGCAGGCUGGCGGACGGACUUAUUGGUUCUGUGAUUGUGACAAGUGAAGAAACGUUUCCUAAAUUACCUUGAUGAUUGCGCCCGAAUUGCUGCAGUA